AUGUCCUUAUCGAUAACAUUAGCGCCGCCACUUCCAGAAAAGUUCUCACAGCAACACCGCGCAGCAAAAAAUCUUACCCAUCAACUUGCCGCAUUACAGGAAGCCACAACAGACCGACCAUAUAGCAUACCUCAUCGGCUGGAGCUUGCAAAAGUCUACAAGCAACUAGGAUAUCCUGAUCUUGCUGCUAGUGAUGCUUAUAAAGCGCUUCUCUUGAUAGACGAAGUAGUGGAAGAAGGCGAGUAUCACGAAGAAGCCAUCGAAGCAGCCAGGGACGACUAUAUUUCGGAAGUGCUUGCUCAGCUAUCGGUUGAAGAAGAAAAUGAAUCAAAGGAAGAAGAAGGUGCUGUAAGAUGGGCUCAGACAGUUUGCUCGAUUACUGCUUAUGACAUUCUGAUUGGGUGUCUCCUAGACUGUGGGAGUUAUCGCAGUGCUUUCGACUACAUCGCUCGCGCGCAGAAAGCGUUUCCCGAAAACACAAUAUUCCAGAAGCACGACGGGGACUUAUCAAGCAAAAUUUCUAAGUUCUUCGCGGCUAAAAGCUGGAACAUGAAAGAUGUAGAAAUUGACGACUACCCAGAGAGAGGGCUCGUACGCCGCGAGCAGUAUCCAUGGAACCAUCAUGAACCGGACCGCUCUUCUGAAGAGUGCUUGGAUUUUCUCAAUGGAGAGAUGGCAGGUAUAGCCCCAAAGCUAGAGGUUAAGAUCACUGAGCUGCCUCUACUUUCCACUGAAACAUCAGAGGCCUCGCAAAUCAAACAGCUAGGAGUGUUCGCAAAGGAAGAUAUACCUCCUGGAGAACGCAUUCUGGAGGAGAAGUCACUUUUGACCUCCAUCUCAAGAUUGCACGACCACUAUUGCGACGCCUGCAGUCUCCAACUACCAACUACCCAAGAUACCUCAGCGGGUGGACAUGACGAAAUUGUCUCGUGUGACGAGUGCAAUGUGGUCUUCUUCUGCUCCAUGGAGUGCCACGAUCUAGCUCAGGACAGCUACCAUCCUUCACUGUGUGGUGUCAGUGUAGAACAAGGCAAAGUGUCCGCGAGCGAAGCCGCAGAUGCUCUUUAUACUUCACUUUUGGUUCGAGCAUUGGCACUGGCAGAGACGCAAGGUUUGCAUCCACUAGAGCUCAAAGAGAUUCGCUACAUCUGGGGUGACUAUCACGGCCAAGACUUGGACAAAAUUUGGAAGGCCAAUGCGGAUGGUCAGCUUACAGAUGCAUUUGCAGGUAUACCACAAACACUCCCCUUCUCUUUCAAGAGCAACGUUCUUGCACCAUUGCAUAUGUUAGAGAAUAUGGAAGUCAACAUCUUUACGCAAAGCAACCGCUACGACACUUGGGUGUUCAAUACCAUCUUUGCGAAAUUGCGAGGCACGGCAUCGGCUCGACAAGGUCUAGAUGGCCGACCAGAAACUGGCGCUGUCCAUCCCAUGUGGUGCCUUGCAAACCAUAGCUGCGAUCCCAAUGUGGCAUGGGCAUGGGACGGCAGCAUGAGACUUUGGACCCGCGAGAACCUAGUUGAAUGGAAGGGAAGGGACCCUAGCACACAAUCUGGCAUCAAGAAGGGCGAAGAAGUGUUCAGCCACUACUGCGAUGUUAGGUUACCAGUGAAGGAACGACGGGAGUGGGCUGCUGGAGCUUUAGGUGGAGCCUGCGUCUGUCCUAGAUGCAUCUGGGAAGAUCAGAAGUCUCGCAUCGUUACAAGCACGCAAUGA